AUGGUCCUAUCUGCCAAGAUAGACCCUAGUCCAAGAAUGGCCGGAAUUGCAUGGCAGAUCAGCUUGACAGGCCACCAGACUGCUCUUCUGUCUGCAAAAGUGGCAAACAUCAGAUUAGGAGAAGGCUGCUACCACGCGUCAGUGCAGACACCAGCCGGACUCAUCCUCCGAGCUGUUUUAGCAGCGGGUGCAGGUGCCCGUGAGGUGACACACGACGGUCCCUGCCCCACCUACCGCGCCUCGGGCAGGGUUCGCGGUGCCCCGCGCACCUGCCGCGGAGGGCACGGCCUGCCCGCCCUCCCCCACCGGCCUCAGGUGACACCAAGCCCGGCGGCUCCCCGGGCCGCCGCGGAGCUUCCUGGUUCCCAGAAGGUGCCGGAGCGGCUGCAACAGGAACUGAGAGACGGGGGAGGAGGCGGUGCCGCCGCUCCGCCGCAGUCGCGGCCCGAGCCGGGGGACGGCGCGGGGGAAGCGCUCGGCAGCCGCCGGCCCGGCCGGGCAGAGGCCCCGGCGCCUUUCGGGCUGUGCCCGGUGAGCGGGGCCCGUGCGGGGGUGGCAGAGCGCUCCCGAGGCUACCAGGCCCAGCGGAGCUGCCCGCAAUGCCCCUGCCCGCCGCGGGCCGAGCCUACUGUAGGCAUCCCUUUAGGAGAUCGCAGAAUUGUCAGGGUUGAAAGGGGGCUCUGCAGAUCUUCCCGUCUGCUCGCCUUGCCAAGGCAGGGUCAUGUAGAAUUGGUUGUGUUUGUUUCUUCUAGGGAAAAUCCAGAACGUACCUUUGAUUUGGUACUGAAAGUAAAAUGCCAAGCUUCAGAAAAAGAAGAUCCAGUGGUACUGUGGAAGUUCCCAGAGGACUUUGGAGACCAGGAAGUGCUGAACAGCGUUCCAAAGUUCUGCUUUCCUUUUGACAUUGAAAGGGUGUCCCAAAACCAAGUAGGACAGCAUUUCACCUUUGUGCUCACCGACAUUGAAAGUAAGCAAAGGUUUGGAUUCUGCCGUUUGACGUCAGGAGGCAAGGUUUGCCUCUGUAUUCUAAGUUACCUACCAUGGUUUGAGGUAUACUACAAGCUCCUAAAUACCCUGGCAGAUUAUUUGGCUAAAGAACAGGAAAAUGACUCAAAUGAUUUGUUGAAAUCCUUGUAUAGCCAUCCUGUGCCAAAGGCAAAUGCUUUUGUCAGUUUAAGUGUGAGCCAAGAGAUGACUUUUGCAAGUGAGCAAGUUUUGAAAAAACAGCCUUGUCUUUUAUCGCACUCGUAUUUCAUUACUCCUGAUAUAACUGGAUUGCCAACUAUCCCUGAAAGUAGGAACCUCACUGAAUAUUUUGUUGCUGUGGAUGUGAACAACAUGCUGCAACUUUAUGCCAGUAUGUUGCAUGAGAGACGAAUCAUUAUUACCUCCAGCAAGCUAAGCACUUUAACUGCUUGUGUUCAUGCAUCAGCUGCAUUGUUAUAUCCAAUGUAUUGGCAACAUAUUUACAUCCCAGUGCUUCCGCCACAUCUUCUGGACUACUGCUGUGCACCAAUGCCUUAUCUAAUUGGCGUCCACUUAAGCUUGAUAGAGAGAGUGAAAAAUAGAUCACUGGAGGAUGUGAUUUUACUAAAUGUUGACACAAACACUCUAGAAACUCCUUUUAAUGACCUGAACAACCUACCUGGUGAAGUGGUCUCGGCCUUGAAAAAUAAACUGAAAAAGCAGUCGACAGCUACGGGUGACGGAGUGGCCAAGGCCUUCCUUCGGGCACAGGCAGCACUCUUUGGAUCCUACCGAGAUGCACUGAGAUACAAACCAGGAGAGCCUAUAACUUUCUGUGAGAACAGUUUUGUGAAGCAUCGUUCCAGUACAACUAAGCAGUUCCUGGAAACAGCUGUUAAUCUUCAACUGUUUAAACAGUUUAUUGAUGGUCGGCUAUCAAAAUUAAAUGCAGGAAGAGGAUUCUCUGAUGUUUUUGAAGAAGAAAUCACAGCAGGAGGCUUUUGUAGAGGAAAUUCAAGAUCUUAUCAGCAGUGGAUGCACACAGUGAAGAAAGGCAGUGCACUGAUCAACACAGCAAUGACCAAAGCCACUCCGGCUGUGAAAACAGCAUAUAAAUUUGCAAAAAACCAGGCGAGGCAAGGAAUAAAAGAAGUGAAGAGUAAGUUAAAACACAAGGAAAGUGAGGAAGAGUAUGGAACUUGUAGUGCUGGUGCAGUACAGACUGUUCCUGUCUACACAUCACAUUAUGACAAAAGAACAAGCUCAGAAAAACGAAGACUGGCACAGACUCGUUUCAACCAGCGCCUUAGUAACCAGGAUUUUGCCUUGGAUGAAGAUGACGAUGAAAUUGAGAGAACAAGCAAGUUAUCAUCAGAAGACAGUGAAGAAGCUUCUGCUUACUUUUACGAUAGUGAUGGUUCUGGUGAAACUGGGAUAACUCAGCAUCAAGGAGAAAUGGACUUGCUUGGAGAGAUUCUGGACACACUAAGCACACACAGUUCAGAUCAAGGAAAACUCUCAGGAGCAAAGAGCCUGGAUUUCUUUAGAUCAAUGGAUGACAUUGACUACAAGACUGCGAACAAGUCAAAUGCACCUAGUGAGGGCAACCUUACCCUGCUCUGCAGCAGUGCUAAUGACCAGGCAGAGUGGAACCUUGGCCAGGAUGAUAGUGUCCUCCAUGGGAAGCAGCUCCCCCCAUCACCAAGGAAGCAAGUUUCUUCUGAUGGCCAGAGAGAAUCUCUUUCAAGGAUAGAAGAAGAGAAGAGUAGAAAAACCUUUACUAUUGACAAGAUGGACACCACUAGUUUGACAUCCCUAUCUCCAGUACAACCAAGUGCCCAGUUUACUUCCCUGGAAAGUUUCAAAGCAGGCUUUUCUUCCUGUCAGUAUGCAAAGUCUAAUGAAACACUAAGCAAUACCUCAGAAGAUCAGCUCCCAGCAGGUCUUGCUCAACAGCCAUCCAUUCUGAUCCCUUGGGAAAAAGGUGAAAAGGAAGGAGAUGAAAUUCCAGAAGAAGGCGGACUUCUUCAGGAAGUGGUGUCAUUAUGUAAACUGAAUUCUGCUUUUCACUAUGGUUUAAAUAUUUCAAAGGAUAGCUUAUCCAGUGGUAGCAGUGGAAAUAAAACGUAAGAAAAUUAUGAGAAGAGAAACUUGACUCCCAUCAGAUGUUAAAGGGAGACUACUCAGGACUCUAUGUAACUCCAUAUAACAUGAUAACCAAAAAGAAUGGAAAGGAAUAAGAGAUCUUCUGUUAUAAAAAUAAUUAUCUUCAGUUGAAUAUGCAUUUUCUGCCAUUAGACAUCCGCUUCUGUGUUUACUCAGUUCAUUUGUUGGCUGUAGUUAGGUCCACAAAAUGGAACUAAAUAUAUGAAUGCACUCUUAAAUCAGGUACUAGUUAGUCUCUGUGUUAAAAAUACAGCAAGUGUAUGAUGCUUCCUAGUGUUUCCUUCCUCUAAGCAGCAAGGGUGUUGCCUAAAGGUAGCCAGGUUUCGAAGGUACUAUGUUAAUUCCAUUAGCAUGAAAUGAACCAAGCAAUCUGAUUUGUCUGAAAUGUACAAAUGUUAAUAUUUUUAAUGAAUAAUAAUUGCCUUAAUCUUUUGACAAGGGGUUCUACUGUCUUAGAAGAUGAAUGCAAAUCUACAAAACAGCAAUAAUGAUUUUCCAUGGCAGGAAUUUGCUUCAGCAAAGGUCGGGGAGGGAAGGAGACCUUUUGCAUUAAGGAAUUUCUUGUGACUAUAACUUGGAACUUACUCCAAACUAAAACUGUGGCUCUGUCUUCCAGACUUCAAAAAGGUAGCACGUGGUUUUCUCUCUUCUAUAAAGUACAUGAAUUACUGAAUUACAAUGUGACAUUUAUUGACUUCUGUUUACAACUAAGACACUUUAAAGACACGUCAUCCAGUUUCCCUAGGUAGACUAAUUCACCUAAAAAUUCUCAGAAAGGAAAGUGUAAGUGGAAUUGAUAAUUUCUAUUAUUUUUUAUUUUUUGCAGCUUAAUAGUUGGAAAACUAAUAUGUGCCUAAUUUGUAACACUAGAAAGCUAAAUUUACAGAUUCAGAUUGAGACUGCAUAUAUCCAACUCUCUUUUUAGCCAAGCUGGACAACCAAAAACUUCUUUCUAAAUUCAGUGAAGGAGAAUAAAUGGUCCUGAUGUAUAACGUAUUUAGAACAAGCAUUUGUCCUCUUUCUGGCAGUGUUCCUUACAAAUAUUUGGAUAUUUAAAAUUGACCAUUUUUAAUGCUCUAUGGAGCAGCUCUUUCAUUUUAAAAAUGGUCUUCGUCUUUUCUUUUUCCACCUCACCAUUGCAUACCUUGUCUCCACAACAGUCAGGAUAGAAAAGACAAUUAAUCCAUUUCAGCAGAUAGGAAUCAUCAACUUUGAGGGAUAUUUGUGGUAAAGUUGGUAGAAAAAGCACAUAGGUAUAGAAUGAAUCCUACCUGAGAAGAAUGUUCUGCUGCUCUUCUAAGUCAUGAAACCUUUUUCUUUCCCUCUUUGGCAUGAAUGAUUUCUGAUAAUCUCAGCCUAGGCCUGAGUGGGAGCAUUCCUGGGGUUGGUAUUUGGAUCAUAUUGUGCUUUAGUACCUUAAUACUAGUUUGUAGCAGAGUUUCAUAUCAGUUGCCUCACUGAGAUUUAUUAAUUUGUUUUCCUUCUAGCUGACACAGGGGUUUUUUUGGCUGUGUUCUUACAAGGCAGCUGACCUAAGGGAAUUGUUCCAUGGCAUGGCAGAGGCACUGUUUGGAAGCUCACCAGAGAGGCUUGGUAGAGUGAGACCUGGGGUUUGUUACUGCAGUUUCAUUUUGUUCCAGAAUGAGAAGGGCUGGGCCAGUACUUGCCACUGAGAAUGAGCCUCCAGAAUUAUUUUUUUUUAAUCAAUGCAACAAAGCUAAAAGGUUGUAAAAGUGCAAAUCUUACAGAAAUAUCUGGGUCUGAUCAAGCAUGAACAUUUUGGAGUGUAUCUGCAUUUCUGGAGAAGCUCAGUGUUCCAGAGUUAGCAGUUGUACAUCCAGAGGUCUGGACUCCAGACUAUUUGUUUAUCCUUUGGUUUCCUCUUAUGCAUCAACAUGGUAUGUUCUGAAUUUUUUAAUAGCAAAAAAAAUGUUACUUGGCAAAAAAAUUGCACUAUUAGAAAUCAAAAGUAUCAUACAAAUUAUGAAAAUAUUCACUCUCAGCUUUCCAAAUAGGUCAGGCCAGGUGGCUCAUGUGCUGUUCAGAUGACAAAGCUCCAAAGCAACAUGAUGGUUCCUUGUUUAAAGCUGGCAUUAAUGACUUGAGGGUAUUCUUCUCCCUUGCUGGUACUAAACAUUGCCCAAGCAUAGUGCUGCAAUUGUGUCUAAGAGAAGACAGGCAAUACCCAGUUUUUUGUUCUUGUAGUACUUCUCACUCCUUCUCAUUCAUCUCCUUGCAUUUUGUGAUGAGAAUUUAAAAGUUCUCCUUUUCUUUUCCUCUACAACUCACAUGAUGUUUCUAUCCAUGGUUCAGUCUAAGUUGCUUUGUUUUCUUCAUUUAUUAAAGGCAGGAAACAGUAUCAUGUUUCAAGGAGGAAAAUAGGAAAAAAAAAAAACCGAAAAAAACCCCAAAAACCAGAAAUUAUGGCCAUCAUUACUUUCAAAACCAUCAAACACCUAAGUCCAGGAAUACUGCCAGAAAAUGGUUUUCAAAAAUGACUGUCUAGUACUGGCAUCAAUCUUACUGGCUUUACAUGAGAGUUAGAAAAAUAAUCACAUAGGUUGUCCCAUCCUGAGUUUUGUGAAAUAAAUAUAGAAGCCAUGUGAGACUGACAGUAUUCUGAAGUUUUUAUAAGGAUCAAUAAAACUGAAAGUUUGAAGUGGAUCAGCUGGAAGUUUGAUCUUUCAAAACUGAGGCAUUGUGGUAAUAAUUCAGUGCUUCAUGGAGUGAAAAUGGAGGCUGAAAAGAAGUAAACAGAUUAAAUAAAAUAUGGUAAUAUUCAACCUAGAAUUAUUUUCAUUUCAGUCAAAAUGUUUCUGUGCUUAUGCUGCAUUGUCUCCUUACUAUUCACAAAGCCCAUAGUUUGUUUAAAAUUAUUAAAUAGUAUUUUUUUUUGUUUUGAGCCUUGUAUGGGUUCAGAAAUAGCUUAGUCUUAUAGAUAUGUUGAUUUUAACUGUAGGUGCAUUUUUAAAUCUGGAAUAUACAGCAUCUUUUCCACUUACUAUCAGUGAUCUUUUAAAAAGGCUAAUAUUUGUGCCUUAUUUGAAUAGCAUUGCCACUUACCAAAUACAUAAGAGUCCAAAUUGAUAUUUCUGGUUCAGUACUCUUGUUCUCUGUCCUUGUGAUAAUAUAAAAUUGUUUAUUGGCUACAUAUGCAGUAUUUUUAGUACCUCAUUAGGUUCUAUAUUAAGAUACAUUUUCCAGGUCCAGUACUUUGCAAGUUUUAUACUUGUAUGCUUUUUAUGUGGAAAUCCUUCUAGUGUCUUUGAAAAUCAUCAACAUUGAUCACCAGCUACUGGUGAGAACUGAAUUCUGCUCAGUCAGAGCUCCUGUGGUCUUCUUUAGAGGCAUCUCUUCUUCAGGAUCUCAAAAAUCUUCCCAUUUCUCCCGUUUAAGGGAGAUACCAGGUUAUUUGAUUAAGCUUUGUGGUCUGUUACUUACACAUAGGAACAAACUUCCAAUGUAGAAAGUCAAAUCAGGACUUGAAAUUAAUAUUUUUAAGUUAAUUUUGCAUAGUUGUCUGCCUAAAAUGAGCUGUAUCACUCACCUGGUUUGGGAGAAAAAAGUAAGGGCAGUGGAAGGACAAAGGGAUUCCUGCGUUUUUCCAGUGCAGUGUGGUGAAGCAGAUCCACAGGAAGAAGUCCACAGGAGAGAGAAUAACUUUGAAGAAAUACAGAUUUCAGUUCUAUCUCAGCUACAGUGGUUCCAGCUCAGUCAUGCAGGCAAAAGUAAUAUUGCCUGUGGAGUUAACUCCCUGUGGGAUUUGCAGAAUGGCUAAUACAUUGUCCCAGUCAGAGCCUUCCCAUUCACAGGUAUAGUGAUGUAAUGAGGAAAACUGCAGAUAUCAGGGAAGUACUGUGGAUGCAGAGGUGAUCCCUACCCACCCUCUAUGCAUGCAGAGGGCUGUCUGUGUAGGCAGUGGUUUGCUCUUCCGUCUCACAUAUUUGGGUGUUGUGUAGUUCUGAAAAAAUAGACUAGUUCUGAAGAAAAAAUGUAGUUGUAGAAGUUGUCAUAGAAGUUGUCAACUGAACCCUUCCUUGUCAUUUAGCAUUUCAGUGGUGCUGGUGGUGUUGGGGUGGGAUCAUCAGAAACUCUCAACCUUGGCUGAAGUCCCCUCUCAGGCAUUGUAACACAGACUUCAGGCAGAGUUUUAGACAAGUGCUGGGUGCUUCUGAAAAUCCCACCCAAUCUAUUAGAAGAGUGUUUUAGACCUUAAAAUUCUGUUUUAGAUGUCUUUUCAGGUUUUAGGAUGAGCUAGUUUACCACCUCGUGUUCUUGUAACCAAUGUAAAGUCUAGGCAAAAGAACAGUAAAACCAGGUGUUUAUAACAGCUUCUCUUUAUCCACCUACAGUCAAUGAUAUUCAUUUCUACAGAACAACUUUUCGUUGGUGCAGCUGUUUAAUAGAAUUGCUAGGACAUCUAAAAUACGUUCUGUAUGCAUGUAAGUAAUCAAAGAAACAUUUCAUGCAAUAAUCAAGUGCCAGCAUGAGGCCCCUUUGCAAGUGUCCGCUGUGUAAUCCUGACCAUACUGUGUCCUGUAGGAGGAACCCCUAACCAUAGCCCUCCCUGACUCCUCAGGGAGAGCUCAAGAGGAGCUUUAUUUCCAAGGAGUUAGCAUCUUCUCCCUUGGCACCAGCCUCUAGUCCAGGUGCUGUGAGACUCUAGCCAGUGUGUUCCCAACAGCCUGAAAUUUCAGGCUAGACAAAUGUGGCCAAUAAGUAGCUUCCUUAUUGAAAAGCUCAGGAUGGUGAGGGCUGUCUGUUCCCAAGGUAUUGCAGUAAAUCUCUGAAGAAUGAAUGUAGAAAUAAUUGCACCAGCAAAACCAGUAUGAAUGGUGAUGUGAUUUGUCUUCAGUAACUUCUUUGCUGCUAUUAGGUGUGUCUGUCUCUGCCGGGUGUUGUUUACUUGUUAGCAGAAUCUGAGCUAACCAGACCGUGUCCUCAUCUUCACCCCAGGAGCAUGGACCACAGGUGGCCUAGAAUUCCUUGGGGUGUUGAAAAUAUAAAGGAAUGGAAAGGGAUGAUACAGCUUGUUUGUACAAAACCUUCCUUGAUCUGUUCUGCAAUAUCUCUUCCACAGUUUCAGUCAGUGGCCAGUUGAAAGUACAUGACAGGUCUUUUGGAAAUCUGCUUCACCUAUUCUUGCAGAGUUUCCUGUUGAGUCCACAGCCACCUCAGUCUAGAGGCCCAUCCACAACCCAUGUAGUUGGCAGGGCCAUUGCCAUCCUCUCCUGGGUUGGAGUAUGAAGCAGGUAACACAGUUGGAUGUUACUCCAAGGUGUACUGUAGAAAAGGGUACUCAAUUAAAUUGUACUAUUACUUAGGUCAAUACUAACGACACUUGUAUUUAGAAUCCAGUAACAGUAUUAGCAUUUGGAAAAUAGGUUGAGUUCAAGUACAUUGACAUCUAUUAUGAUUCUGUGUGAAUUAACAUUCUCUUAAAAAUAAGGGAGCAAUUUGGUUGGGAGGGGGGAAAUGUGUUGACUUUCAAAUCUUCAGUGAAUUUUGUGCAAUAUUUCUCCUUGUUUCAAAGUAAUUUAGUAGUGCACAUCUGCUUUCAAGCAGAUCCAUGAAAUUGUAUUUUUCAGAAAUGUAUAAAAUUAGAUGUAGCUUUGAAAUAUGGUUGUAUGAUAAAACAUGAAGAAAUAUAUUCUAAUGAGGAAAAUGUAGUGACUGGGAGUGAUUAUGGAUGUCACAUUCUGUAGAAAUAAUAAGGCCGAAGCCACUGUUCACAUACCAGUAGUUCCAGGUAGCUCUAAAAGUAAAACCUGGUUAAAUUGAAGUCAAGUUAACUAUUAGAAUUGAUGAUGUUUAGUUUCUGCUUUGAUCACUUGUUUAUAAUGGGUAAAAUGUUGAGGUGUUAAGCACUGCUUUUCAGAACCAGCAAUGAGGUGAGAGUUCAUAGCAAUGACCAGAAGAAUUUAGUUUGUGACAUCCCUAAUUAUUUUAAGUCAUUACUUAAAACAUCUAGUAAUGUUGCCAGUAUCUUUUUAAGUUUUUGUAAAUUAAUUUCUUUGUAUAUUGAUGUACAUUUUCUUUUAUCCUUUUAUUUUUCCUUGAGACCUUCUUUAAAUUAAUAUACUUGAAUGAGGCAAUAAAGCACUGUGGAAGAAGUAAUCUUGGUGCAGCUUGCACACAAGCACAUCACGUCUCUUACUUAAUGAUUUUUGAGGAGGAAGAGCAAUUUAAAAUGCUUAGAUUCUUGGCAAACUGUCAGUUUGUGUUUGUGAAUUUUAAAUAUGUGUCAGAUAUGAUGAGAAAUGUCUCGACACAGAACAAAGAAACAUCAUGUAUCUUGAUGCUUCUAAUUUUAUUUUUUUUUUUUAGUUUUUUUUACAACUUUUUUUUGGUGACCCUUGAAAACCAUUCCCAAUAAUGCUCCUUAUUGUGAGCCUUUAAUAUGUAAAAGAGAGGCAUAAAGUACAGGACACAUUGAGAUGUUAUUGAUAGUUUUGAGAUAAAAAAAACUCACAGACCAAACAACCAGCAUUGUCCUUACAGUUUUAAAAAUGUAGUUAGUUACUGACAUUUUAACCAAACUAGAGCCAAAUUUACUUCAUGCUUUUGCACCUUCUGGACUACUGUUCAAAGUCAUCUUGAGAACUGUAAUUCUGACCUUAGACUACUGUUAGUAGUGCACUGUCUAGAUGUAUUGAGCUGUGAUGUGUGGUGUGGUUUGUUUUUUCUGUUUCCUUCCAAAAUUUGUGGCAUCAGUAGAAGUUUUCAGUGAAUUCCACAUUACCAUAAAGUGCCCAACACUGUACUAUAAAAUAAAAUUUAACAAUAUCAAAA